UGAGGACGCCCCGUGACUUUCCCUCGUGAGCUCAACUCCUCACGUGCUGCCCGCCGGCUUGGUGUGGAUGGGUUUGUGACUUGUUCUCUGUCUUCAUGGAAGCCAUGAAGAUGUAAACCUACUUCAGUUCCAUAAAAACAGGACUAUUCCUUCCAUUUGAGAUGCAAGCAGCUGAGUUCCUGAAUUCAAAUACUACAUCACAUAGAAUGAACAGGAUUUUUGCAUACAUCUUUCCUUAAAAAUGGAGUUUAACAAAAGUGAUUUUUGGAUUGAAACGAUGGGUAGAAAAGAUGCCUCUACAGCAAGGACUCCUGUUGACCAGUACAGGAAACAAAUAGGAAAACAAGAUUAUAAGAAAACCAGGCCUAUGUUAAGAGCUACAAGAUUAAAAGCAGAGGCCAAGAAAACUGCACUAGGCGUAAAGGAAGUUGCCCUUGUCCUUGCAGCUAUACUGGUAUUUUUGUUGGCUUUCUAUGCUUUCUUUUAUCUUAACAUUUCCAAUGAAGUUGACCUUGAUCUGGAUCCAGAUGAAAACUAGCAGAUGCAAUGAAUCUAUCAUCAAGAUUUUUUUCAACUUGAACAAGACUACGCAGGAACACACAGUACCUUCACUGUGAGACAGUAAAUGAUGCCAUUUCUUGCGGUCCAAAUUCAUAAGAAAGUUUCGCAAUACGUCAGUCACUUUUACAUUCCAGAUCUCCAAAAUACGAGAACACUCAUGCCCGGCAAGUGUAUUUGGUUAACACCAAAGCCAGUUUAUUGUUUACAUUGUUUUUUUCUCAGGCAGAGAACUUUGAUGUGAAAAGACAGGUGCUAUUAUUAUCAUGGGUAUUGAUGCUGACUUCACAGGAGGAGAGUCUGCCUUGACUAAAUUUAGGAAUCAAAGCUUCCUAAUAGCCAAAUUAGGUUCCUUUUCCUUUCCCAAAAGAAAGCAGAAAUGCCAAAUAAAAAGUCUUGUCUUGAUUUGUAUUUAAAAUAUAUCAAACCCCCUCAUCCUUUCUCUCCCUUUUAAUCUUUCUUGUGCAUGUGUGCACAUGCGCGUGCAUGAAGAUGGAAGGAAUUGUAGGAAAAAAAAUAUCUUUUUUGAAGCAGUCUGUCACCUCCUAUAUGGACUUAAUUUUAUGUCAUCCCAGAUUCUGUGUGCCCAUAUAUCUGCAGUAAUCUUUUUUCAUUCUUUUGCCAACUGUUCAGCACACAUGUGUUCUGUCAGAAAUGGCACCUGGAUGACAGAAGCUCUAACAUUCGCAUAUGCCUCUGAAACACAGUUCUUUGCCUCCUGUGCUGUCUGAACUAGUGUAAAUAGAAAGUUCAGUUGAUGUUGGUUUUAAUUAGUGUAUUGCUCUAUUAAUAUAAAGUCACAAUCUUAUUUUAAUUAUACUCUUCCCGCUGGUUGUGGUAUCAACUUGCUCUACCUGUUAGGGGGAUAUUGCAAAAAAAUUGCAGUCAUUUUAAUCAUCAAAUUAAUGUGAGAAGUUGUAAGUAUCGAGAAACCUUUUUUUUUUCGUGCAUACUAGUAAUCGGGAAAAUCUUGGCCCCAUGACAUCCUUCAGUUCUUGCAAAGUACUUUUUAGAAUAUGCACUGUUGAAAACAUUUCUGAUCCCUUUGAUAACCACGAGCCACUUGAAGAAGUCGGUAUGUCAAAGCAGCUGCAGGGACCUGUGAAAUUCUGGCUUUAUCCCGGUCUGCUUCUUCGGCUUUGGCAUAUAACUGAGCUUGUGGUUGUAAAGGUUCAGUUUUGAUCCUUCUAAAACUGUGGUCAGCCUUUCUCUAGUUCGGAUUCACUUUGAUACCAAGAAAAGCAUAAAGCCGUUGGUGCUGAAUGUGGCAAGGGAGUUAGGCAGAUUGGCUUCCAGAAAAGUUAUCAUAAUUCUGAAAUUCUAUUAGCAAACUAGCUUGGCUUUAUCUUUGAUACCAAUUUCAGGGCUGAAUGUUAGGUUUAGUUGCAACUGAGAUAUUUACUGACUUGUUCCAGAAAUGCUCAACUAAAAUUUCUUACAGUGAUUUUCAAGACAAAGGGUUACAAAUCAUAGCAAAUAUUAUAAUGGAAAAUAUAUUUAUUUUAAAUUGACACAGUCCCAUUAUCACCACUUAAGGAACUUAGAUCAAUACAGUUAAUUUUUAAACCAUACAGUAACUAUGACCAUAUACAUUAUGAGUCUCUAAGGAUCCACUUCUUAUCUGUCAUACUCCUCAUUCACUUUAUGCAAUGCAAAACAACUCUAGAAAUUCAGAGUACAACAGUCUUCCGAGAAGAAUAUGAAAGAGAAGCAUAAACGUAUAUGUGCAAAUAUUUCUCAUUUUCUAAUUAUGACUGAUAGAGACACAGAAUCCUAAUAUUUAUGCAUUUAUAUGACUUAUAGUCCACUAAUACUUGCACACAUGAACAAUGCUCAGCAACAUGUUGCGUUUAUGGUGAAGCAUUAUCUGACACAUGGCCCGACUUUCAGUGGAGAGAAAAGCACAUCACAAGCUGUCUCCUUGGAUGUGACAUGCCUUUCACUUCACCAGCGCCACACCACAUGUCACAGAAGCCGCAGACCUCUCCUAUUACUUUGCAUGAGCAAUUUUCUUGUUCCAUAGAAUGCUGGAAGGAUUGCUUUCUUAAUGUCUGCACGUAGCUCUCUGGGUGAUGUGUGGCCUGAGAAUGAUGUGUAGUUAUCCCCUUCAUGCAGGUUGUCUCAUAACUUGCUCUCUGAAUCAGUUCCAUGAAAAAUCAAGCUAUUCUUACCGUCAAAUUUAGGGACAUGAAGUUCCUAGAACAGGAAGAUUGCACUUCCCAUAGUUAUGACUCAUAGACAAAAUCCGAAGCGCGUACAUGUGUGAUUGAAGCAGCUUCCCUGAUUUGUGGCUUAUCAGUGCAUAUUGGCCACAAGUGCCAUAGUUUGCAGUUUGUCUGUUGGCUUUGUUUAGGUUAGGCCUUUUCAUUCAUGUGAAAGAUAUUCACAUGUAACAAGAAAAUUUCCUUUUGUGUAGAUAAACUGGAUAGACUCCUGUUCAGUGUACAUAGAAAUACAUGGCAAAUAUUGCAGCAAAUACACUUUAUCUCUUAUCAGUACAAUAAUUUCUAAUGAGACUGUGUCAAUGGUUUUGUAAAGCUAACAGCUCCCACUUUUCAUGAAAUUAUUCAUCCUUGGUUUUCUAAAAGGCACAAACACAACAAUGUUAGCAAUGAGGUCUGAUUCUGAGCUUACUAAUUCAUGAUUCCCCUGAGUUGACUGAAAGUACAACUGAUUUACUCCAAGGGAAAAUCAGAAUCAGACCUGAAGUUAUUUCCGCUUUCUGGAGGGCUACAUUGUCCAUGCCUGAUAUUUUAAAGUUGAGACUGAUUUUAGUCUUGCAAAUAUGUGGCUUAUUUUGCCCUUAAUUAUAUCUGAGAUGAUUGAAAUAUGCCUCUUGGUUUUUGGACCACCUAUCUUUGUAUGAGUUGCUCAGUGUCUGUUUUAAUAAUAAAUGUAUUUUU